AUGCUUUCGCGAUACAUUCUCCCCGCGGCCGCCAUCUUUGGCCUCGCGGCUGCUCAGACAACCUCGGACUGCAACCCUCUCAACGAAACAGACUGCAAACCCAACCCGGCUUUUGGAACAAGCUAUCUCUGGCACUUCAACGACACGCCCUCCAGCGACCAUUGGGACAACCACGUCGGACGCGUCACAUACGAUGAGAACGACGGCGCAAGCUUCACCGUCGCUAAGCAGGGCGACUCGCCUACUCUGCGCACCGCCUUCUACUUCUUCUUCGGCCGCACCGAACUCGUCAUGAAGGCCGCUCCCGGCAUUGGAAUCAUCAGCUCCAUGAUGUGGCUGAGCGACGAUCUGGACGAGGUCGACUGGGAGAUCCUGGGCGCCAACGACACCCAUGCUUCGACGAACUACUACGGAAAGGGUGUUGAGGACUUUACCAAGGCGGGGUGGCACUAUGUCAAGGGUGGUAUGCAGGAGGAUUACCAUAACUAUACGACGACGUGGACGAAGGAUGAGUUGAAGUGGUACAUUGAUGGAGAGAAUGUGCGAACGGUUGUUGCCAAGGAUGAUAUGGAUAGUUAUCCUCAGACACCCAUGAGACUGAGCAUUGGAAUCUGGGCUGCUGGUGAUCCUACUAUGCCUGAGGGAACUCGUCAAUGGGCUGGUGGUGAUACCGACUACGGAAAGGGCCCUUAUACCAUGCACGUCAAGAGUGUCUACGUCGAAGAUGCCAGCACCGGAAAAGAGUACGUCUACGGCGAUAAGUCUGGAAGCUGGGAGAGCAUUGAAAUCGUCAAGGGCAACUCAACCGCCCUCGAUGCUCUCUACAAAGAACCCGAGAAGACCACCUCCGAGAAAUGGGAAGCCCUCCCCGCCGGCACAAAGACAGGAAUCUACGCCGGCGGCAUCGGCGCCGCAGCCAUCGGUCUCGGAGCUCUAGGCUUCUACUUCUGGCGUCAACGCGCCGCCGGUGCCAGCGAGGCCAAGCAGGCUGCUGCCGAGAACCACGAUCUCAUGUCGUACCGCGCCGGCGAGGACACGACGAACCAGGGCUUCGAGUACAGCGCUGCCAAGUACUCCAAGGUUCCAGCUCAAGAUGCUGCUUAG